CGCUGUGCUAGAGUAUUCACGGAAAUCGAUCUUCAGAUGUACUCCCCUUUCCUGCGCUCAUGGAUCCCGCACCUCACCCCCAAGGGCAAGGACAGCCCAUCACAUGCGCUCCCGACCGUCGGCCAAUUCCCCCUCUGUCAGGGACCAUCCGUGUACGGCGCGCUGUUCGACAAUGCUGUCCCAGAGCAGUCGAGGGUUCACCAUGGACGAUACCGAGGAGAGGGAGAGGAUCCAAGCCUGCUGGCCCUCCUAGAUGCUCGAUCGUUUCCUGCACACGAUGUCGCGCUCCUCGCAGCUUGGCGCUGUGGAUCCACUCUCGAGGGCGCUAAGGUCCCUACGAAGAACCGAACAAAGACAGCCGUAUUGGCAAGUACAAGGAUGAGAGGGACAGGCUGGAUGCUGACACACUAGCCGUCUGAGGUGAGGCCUAGCGGUGCUCAAUGCAUGAUGCAUUGUCGCUGAGCUAGUCAGCCCCUACUUGGCAGCAGGCGUAAUAUCUGCCCGGGCGUGCGUUCGCGCUACCACAGAGCUCUCUGCCAACAAGAAGAUAGACGUCAGUAGGGACACUGGUAUUGGUCGUUGGACCAAGAGAUCGGUCAG